AUGAAAGCCUAUCAAUUAAACGGUACAUCCCACGUUCCUUGGUACUACGACAUGAAUUUAGAAGAUACCAAUUGGAUCAUAACGAGUUCUUUUAUGAUUUUUACCAUGCAAACCGGUUUCGGAAUGUUGGAAUCAGGAUGCGUAUCAAUUAAAAACGAAGUAAAUAUAAUGAUGAAAAACGUCGUUGAUAUCGUUUUGGGCGGUUUAACUUAUUGGAUUUUCGGUUACGCAAUACAAUUUGGAAGAAGUCCGAUGAAUAACGGAUUCUUAUCGCUCGGCGAUUUCUUUAUCGAUCCAUCAUUAGAUGAUCCCAUGAAAGGAGCUAUUUAUGCCGCAUUUAUUUUUCAACUUUCAUUUGCAACAACCGCCACGACGAUUGUUAGCGGUGCCAUGGCCGAACGAUGCAAUUUUAAAGCUUAUUGCGUUUUCAGUUUUUUUAACACCAUUAUAUAUAGCGUUCCGGCCGGAUGGGUUUGGAGCGAAAAUGGGUUUUUAAGAAAAAUGGGAGCUGUUGAUAUUGCUGGAUCUGGGCCAGUACAUUUAAUAGGUGGAAGUGCAGCUUUUGCAGCUGCUUUAAUGCUUGGACCUCGUUUAGGACGUUAUGAUAAUGGACGGAGAGCACUUCCGUUGGGGAGUCCUGUAAAUGCGGUUAUGGGUUUAUUUGUUUUAUGGUGGGGUUGGCUUGCUUUUAAUUCAGGAAGUACUUACGGUCUAAGCGGUGAAAAAUGGCAAUAUGCAGCUCGAGCAGCUGUUAUGACAAUGAUGUCUUCAUUUGGUGGUGGGACAGUUAGUAUUCUAUUUUCGUUGUUGAAGCAUGAGAGAAGAAUAGAAGUUUUAGAUAUAAUUAAUGGAAUCUUAGGAUCGUUGGUUUCAGUAACAGCGGGUUGCUUUUUAUAUAAAAGUUGGGAAGCUUUAUUAAUUGGAACAAUUGGAGCUAUUUUAGUAUGCACAGCCAUGCCGUUAUUCGAUUGGGCUGGAAUUGAUGAUCCUGUUGGAGCAAGCGCUGUCCAUGGAAUAGGAGGAAUUUGGGGUGUGUUAGCCGUUGGACUUUUCGCAGAAGAUCCACACCCACUAAAUACAACUCAUGGUUUAGUUGGUUUAGUAAAUGGUGGUGGCUGGUAUUUAUUGGGCAUCCAAAGUUUAUGUUGCCUUUGUUUAGCAUCUUGGGGAAUAUUUUCAUGUAUGACUCUACUUUGGAUAAUCAAUAAAAUCAUUCUGAUUCGAAUGGAGGUCCACAUAGAACUUUUAGGAGCAGAUUUAACAGAGCAUCACGUAAAACAUCCCCAAGUAGGAGUAUCUAGGGCCCUAUCAGCUUUAAGACCUUGCUUAGAUAUGAAUAACGUCGAAGAUUUAAUUAAUGUUGGUUUAAAUCCGGGACACGAUGUUAAUUUAAACAUCAUGAAGAGUUUAAGCCGAAAGAGACGAUAUAAAUUGUCAAAGAUUUUUACUGAUAUCACGGGAAAACGAAAUUUUGGCAUCAACAGCCGCUGGAAUUUGAUUCCAAAUGGCAAAAAAAUUCGCGAUAAAAUUUUAAAAAGAACAAAUAAUAAAAAGAAAGCAGAAAAAGCGUUUAUUCAACCCAAUUUAAGUCCUUUGAGUGUUACUAAUUUAAAAAAUAUUGAUAAUCCCCUUCCUUGGAUUAAUUAA